GUCACUGUCAGUUUAAGUUUUGACGUCAGAUUGGUUACUGUUGUUUCUUUUGGUUUCUGGAAACGAAUUUAGAAAAUAAGCAUCUUAAAUUCGAGAAAUUUAGGUUUCCGGUGUAUUUUUACACAAAUUAAAACGAUUUCCUAAUAAUUUAUCUCGUCUCGAUUACUAAAUAUAAUAUAAAAUGGCUCACUAUAAGGGAGCUGCCUCAGAGGCAGGCAGAGCAAUGCACCUUAUGAAGAAGAGAGAGAAAGCCCAGCAAGAAAUAGAACUGCGCAAGAAGAAAAUAGAAGAAGAUUUAAAGAUAGACAACAUAGAGAAUAAGUUUGCAACACAUUAUGAUGCUGUAGAACAACAACUGAAAAGCUCAACCAUAGGGCUGGUGACCCUCGAUGAAAUGAAAGCUAAGCAGGAGCAUAUAGUAAGGGAAAGAGAGAAAAAGUUAGCACAAAAGAAAGCAGAGAAAGAGAAAGAACGUCAAAAAGAAAUAGAAGCCAAACAAGCACAGAAGAACAAACAGAAACGCCAGAUUCAAGCUUUAUCAUUUGAUUUUGAUGGUGCAGAGGAGGAAGAUGAAGAUUCUGAAAACGAAAAAGAAAAGCCAGAGGCAAAGGCUUGGAGGGAUAAAGAAGAACCAACAUUAAAAAAGGUACGAAAGAAUCCUGAUGUGGACACAUCAUUUCUGCCUGAUCGUGAAAGAGAAGAAGCUGAUCUGAAACUCAGGGAACAACUCCGAUUAGAAUGGGUGAUGACCCAGGCUACUCUGAAGGAUGAACCUAUAACCGUAACAUUCAGCUACUGGGACGGUUCAGGACAUAGGAGAAAUGUUACACUGAAAAAAGGCAAUUCCAUUUAUCAAUUUCUUCAACGCUGCUUGGACACAUUGAGGCCAGAGUUUAGUGAGCUGAAGACAGUAUCGGCAGACCAGCUGAUGUAUGUCAAAGAAGAUCUCAUAUUGCCUCAUCACUAUACAUUCUACGACUUCAUUGUAACAAAGGCCCGUGGUAAAAGUGGACCUCUGUUCCAAUUCGACGCCGCUGAUGAUGUGAGACUGGUGAAUGACGCCACGCAGGAAAAACAGGAUUCGCAUGCUGGCAAAGUGUUACUGAGAUCCUGGUACGAACGAAAUAAACAUAUCUUCCCUGCCUCCAGAUGGGAGCCCUAUGAUCCAACCAAAACAUAUUCUAAGUAUACCAUUAAAGGUAAAUAGAGACAAUACAUACUAAACAAUUAUGAUUACUUUUAUAAAGCAAUCUUCACCUUAUAUGGUUAAAAAAUAAUAGGCAAUAAUUAUAUAGUAAAUAAAUAAUUUAUUAAGUAAGAAA